AUGACGGUGAAGAAGAAUCAGACUCUGCAGAAUGGAAGUGCCAAGGAGAACGUGGUGCAGAGGGUCCUGCAGCUGCCCGUGGUGAGCUCAACCUGCGAGACCCUGCAGCGGACAUACACCAGCACCAAGGAGGCUCACCCACUGGUGGCCUCAGUGUGUGAGGUCUAUGAGAAGGGUGUGCAGAGUGCCAGCACCUUGGCCAUGAAGGGCAUGGAGCCUGUGGUGCGCAAGCUGGAGCCACAGUUGACUGUGGCUAACAACCUGGCUUGCCGGGGCCUGGACCAGCUGGAGGAGAAGAUCCCUGCCCUCCAGUACCCCGUUGACAAGCUUGCAUCUGAACUGAAGGACACAAUCUCCUGCCCCCUCCAAAGUGCCAAAAGCACCAUUGGCAGCUCCAUGGAUAAGAUCAUAGAGCUGGCAGCAGAAGGCUAUGAGGCCACCAAGAGCACGGUGGAAACAACAGCAAAGUACACGAGGAGGAACUCGGUGACCCAGAUGGCAGCUGCAGGGGUUGACACAGCCCUGGGAGGGCUGGAGAAGCUGAUGGAGUACCUGCUGCCAGAGGAGGAUGAAGAAACAGAUCAGAAGCCAAAAAAGAAACGUCUGUCAACAGCAAAGGUCUCCCAGCAGCAGCCCAGCACUCCCAGUGCUCGCAGUGCACCCAGUGCUCCCAGCAGCGCUCCCAGCACCCUGGGUCGGAUUGGGGCGUUGAUUAGCACUGUCUCCCACUUCGCUUACCAGCAAACCACCCAAGGCCUCCAGCUUGCCAAAACCAAAGGGCAGGAGGUGGCCUCCUGGAUCCCCAUUCUGGGCAGCCUGGCCAAGCAGACUGUCCCCGAGGCUCCGCGGGCACGCAGUGCUGUGCAGAGCAGCACGAGUGGCUGGCUGAGCCGGCGUCAGAGCAAGGUGCCGGAGCAGAAGCAGGAGAAGGCAGAGAAGAAAGAAAACAACCACACCAAGGCAGGGGAGGACUCCGGGCUGGUGGGCAGUGUGGCUCACAACCUGCAAACCGCCUAUGCCUCUGGCAUGUCCAGCGUGAAGAAGGUCCCAGCCGUGGCCUGGGAUGCGGCAGAGGGGUUGAUCCUCUUCACCCCUCGCAGGCUGUCCAGGGCCAUGGAGACAGUGGAUGCUUUUGGGGGGACCCUCAUCAGUGCCCCAAAGCAUCUGUUGGGCACCCUGUACAGCUAUGUGCCGCUCCGCAGGCAGUCAAUGAAGGAAGAGGAGGCAACCAAGGACAGCAAGUCUGACCCAGAGAAGACAGAGAAGAAGGAAGAGGAGGACAAGAAGACUGCUGCCCCCUCUGCUGAGGAGAAAUCCCAUCUGAGGGGUAACUGGCAGCUGUACCGUGGCCAUCACCCCCUCUCCUUCCUGGGGCUUGAGGACCCCCUGUUCCUGCGGCACAACUACUAUCGCGGCCCUGCCUUCGAGCCCGAGUACUCCCUCCCACGGAAAUCUGCCUUUGCCCCCUACAACAGGCGGGUGAGUGAGGGCUCCUAUCGCUUCAGCCCUGAGCCCAUGUACAGCCGGGCUUACUAUGGCAACAUCUACAGUCCUGUCUUCAAGAAGGACUGA